UAAAUUAGCGCAGGUGGCGGCUCCAGGUUCUUGGAACUGCGUCAAUAGUUAAACAAUACAAAGGAGCCAGUUAGACACACUAGCGCUUCAAGUUUCCAUAGCGACGGAUAUGGGGCUGGACUUGUUUUCUUCGUCAGGAAAUCUGUCAUACAAACAGCAGGCAGGGCUCCGGUAGUCCAACCCUUUGGUUUAAUCAGAAGGUUAUAAAAGAUUACUGUCACUUGGAGACUGAAAGGGAGUGUCUGUUCGGUUUUCUCUUGCACCUUUUACAAUUCUAGAUUAUAAUUCUGACAGCAUUUUUUUGGUUGUUGUUGUUUUAUAAAUCUCACCUGUUGCCGAAGCAAGUUUUUUCUUGAACUGAAAUAUCGCUCUAUUCUGGCAACAGAUACAUAUACCACAGUGCUGUGAACGCUGAGCUGCAAAGGGCCUAAACUCAGGACACAGGGUAAACAGGUGGAUCCUGAACUAACACCAGCUCAGCUAACGUGGUAGAGCAGCCCCUUCCUCUCACAAUGGCCGACAGUCCUAUAGACAAGCACCGGGCUGCCCACCUUCCCUGGUUUGUGGCCGUAGCCCAGAUCCUCGGCCUGACCUCGGUGGUCAUCACGGGAGUCUGGAUGGGUCACUAUCGGGGCGGCUACGGCUGGGACGGAACCAGUCUUCAGUUCAACGUGCACCCCCUCUGCAUGGUCAUCGGAAUGGUGUUCCUGUACGGAGACGCUAUCCUGGUGUACCGGGUUUUCAGGAAUGAGCCCAAACGCAUCACCAAGAUCCUCCACGGUGCCAUCCACCUGAUCUCCCUCAUCAUCUCCAUCGUAGGUUUGAUUGCCGUGUUUCAAUUCCAUGCAAAGUCCAAGAUCCCGGAUAUGUACUCGCUGCACAGCUGGUGUGGAAUGCUCACCUUUAUUAUAUUCAUUGUGCAGUGGGUGAUGGGUCUGACUUUCUUCCUGUUCCCCGGUGCGUCCGUCUCUCUCCGCAGCUGGUACCUCUCGCUGCACGUUUUCUUCGGGCUGGCGCUGUUCGCCCUCGCCAUAGGAACCUGCCUGCUGGGCAUCAAGGAGAAGCUGCUCUUCAGCAUCAUGUCCACCUAUUCUAAGUUUGAGCCCGAGGGGAUACUGGCCAACGUGUUGGGAUUGCUGCUGGUGGCCUUUGGUGUGGUGGUGGGAUACAUCCUGACACGGGAGGAGUGGAAACGGCAACCCAACCCAGAAGAGCAAGCCCUGUCCAUGAACUUCAAGAAUCUCACUGAGGGGGAGAGUCCCGACUCUCCCUAAAACGCCCUUCUUCCCUCCUGGGACCAGAGGAGCCAGCCUGUCCCUGCCAAAGCUUCACCAUCCUGUUGCAGAGAUUGCAGAGCACAGCCUCCUCUCCCUGCUGGCAAGCUGGGGGAUUGUCUGUGCAAUGGAAUGUUUACAGAAGGUUGUACACAUAAAAAUGUUACCCAAACGCAGUUUUAAUCAUGGCCUUACAAACACACUACUUGCCUGUUUCACAAUUGUCAAAUAUAUAUUUUCACAAUUUUUUUUUUGCUGGGCUUAAAAUAUGACUAUUUUGGCUGAAAUCCUGUUAUACCAUUUCUGUACUUCUAAUGUAAUUCUCCCUAUUCAUAGCACACAGUGCCUCCCAGUGCCAAAUAAUGUAAUUACCAUUUAUUUGAUUGGUUUUAAUGCUAGUUUGGUUUUGUUGUACUGUACACAGUGCCACCUAGCUUUGUGUGAAAGUUACAAGGAACUGUUCAACUUUAAUGUAUUUCUUUGCUACAUGUACAUUUGGUCAAUUUUUAUCUUUUAAAUUACCUGAUGGUUCUAAUAAUUCCUAGAAUUAAUAAUAAGCGUUCAUCUAAAAGCCAAUUUGAAUGCAAUGUAAUGGUGGUUGUUGUUGUUAUUAUUAUUAUUAUAUUAUAUAGAUAUAACUGUACCUUAAGUUAUUUAUACUGCAUAUCUAUUUAGCUGCAGUGUCUCAAUUCAAGUUUCAUUUAAAUUUUUUAAUUUUUUUUUUUUUUAGUUAGCCAGAGCAAUAGAAUUUGCCCAGUAUGCAUUCAUGAUAUUUAAAUUAACACAGUAGACAAAGUCUUAGGUUGUGUCCCUAUAAAAAAUGAAUUACAUUGAUUCUAGUAUUAUUCACCUGAUUAGUAGCUGAUCUAUAAACACGAGAGCUUCCCAGUAGUGUCAAAGUGAGCAAAAAAGGGUCCCUUUCUAUUUUAAUUUUGUUCUGCAUCCAACAAUUGGUUAAUAUUUAAAGUAAGGUAUUAUUUUAGACUAUAGCACUCCUGUAUAUCAUGAAAUUAAUUGCUUUAUUGAUCAGUCUCGAAUCAGAUGAAAUUUAAAGUUCUGGCCUUAUUACCUGUCAAAUGCAGUACAGGCUUUUAAACCAUAUAUUAAAACAUAAAUGUUUUAAUAAAGUAAAUAUCAGGCAUAUCGGAUUGAAAAUGUACCAUAUGUAUUCAUCCAAGUGUCUUGUCUUUAAACGUGAUUUUGACCACGUUAGCAAACCAAAAACAAAAUGUUGCUGCCACAUAAAUACAGUACUGUUGUGUAAUUAAUGAUACAAGUCUCAGUUGAUAUGUGGUAUAGUAUUUGUUUAACGUUACAUGUUGUUUGCAUAAUAAAUGUACUAUUUAAAUAGUGGUCGUUAUCAAAAUAAAUGUAUGCUCCAAAUA